AAACUCCCCCUCCACCACAUUUCAAAUCUCAAAAUUUUCAAAUCCUCUCUCUAUCCGUUAUUACACCCUGUUCCUUUUCUGUCUCCCUCUUUUCUUCUACUCACCACCUUCAACUUCCUCUCUCUAAACCCCCCCUCUUUUCUCUCUCUCUAAACUCAACAAUGGUGUCAAAAAUUACCAAAAGAACCCCAACAAAAACGAUCAAAGAUUGCCGGAGAAAUGCUCGCCGUAAGAAAACCCCGGUGAAAUCCUCCCCAUCGGUAGUAAUCGCCACAAUCAACGAGUCUUUCUUCAGCUGCCGUCGCCGCCUCGUUAAAAUCUUCUCCAAACUCGUCAAAAUCACCACCCCUAAACGCAGCCCCAAGAAACAAGGGUUCAAAAAGCUCAAAAAAACCGGUUUUGAAUCCACUGAUUUUCUCUUCCCUCACAUUUCCCCUGAACCCAAAAUCGCUAAACCCCUGUUUUUUGGUCUUCCUCCUUUAGAAAACCCUGAUAAAUUUACCAUAUUUCUCGACUUAGACGAGACUUUGAUCCAUUCUAGCGCAGACCCACCUGCUAAAAACUUUGAUUUCGUCGUUCGCCCCACAAUUGAUGGAGAUACCAUGAAUUUUUAUGUCUUAAAAAGACCCGGAGUUGAUCAAUUUCUAGAGUUUUUAUCUAGCAAGUUCGAGAUUGUUGUGUUUACCGCCGGUUUAAGGGAGUAUGCCUCGCUCGUGCUCGAUAUAUUGGAUAAGAAUAAGGUGAUUAAUCAUCGGCUUUACAGGGAUUCUUGCAGGGAAUUGGACGGGAAAUAUGUUAAGGAUUUGGCUCACAUGGGAAGAGAUUUAUGGAAGAUUGUGCUUAUUGAUGAUAACCCGAAUUCGUUUUCUUUUCAGCCCGAAAACGCUAUCCAAAUUAAGCCUUUUAUUGACGAUUCACAGGAUAAUGAGCUUAGCAAGUUGAUUCAGUUCUUUCAAGGUUGGGAAGGUGUUACAGAUAUCAGGGAUGCUGUUAAAGAAUUUACUAAAGAGAGUUUUCAACAAAAUUUAUUGGAUUCUUGAUUUCUGAGUUUGUUUUUUAUUAUUUGGAUUUAUAGCUUAUAGGUUAUUUUAGUUGAAUUGCAUUGUUUGUUAUAUUUUAUUCUACUUAAUUUCAUUGAACAUAUUUCGUUCAAUUAGCAAUGUCAAAAACUAAGAGCAAAUUGAUGUUAUGAAUUUCAACCAGAAAUGAAAUUACUUUUGUUUCCUUCCCA